ACAAAUUCAAAGAAUAAUUAUAAAUUUCGUUCUUUCUCGAACUUUUUAUGAAUAAUAUCUGCAACAAAGUAUGAAUUUUCUGUGCACGUAAAUUUAAAACACUAAUCGCACUAUUAAAAUGAUGUAUUGUGUAUGAUUUGGUUCAGAGGUGCAUAUAGAUAGGCUUACCAGACGUCCCGUUUUGACCGGGAUUGUCCCGCUUUGACGAUGUUGUCCCGGUGUCCCGGCCAGUUUGUCAUUUUGUCCCGGUUAUUUGGAAAAUUUUAAAAGUGCCGAAUAUACAAGUAGUAAAAAUAGUGCAGCCUCGAGUAAAAUAGCGAUUUGGCAAUUACUCCUCUGUUACACUAACUGUUGCCAAUCUAAAUAUUUCGUAUCUAGAUCUAAGUACUUUUAAUGUUGUCUAGAUGUUUUCCCCAAAAUUUAUAGCAUGUGGUCUAAUGAAUUUAAAUAUUUUUUCACAAAUUUUAUAAUAGCAUGUAGCCUAUGAGAUCUGGAUAUUUUAUUUCAUUUUUUAGAUAUUUUGUUUUUAUUAAAGUUGGCAACACGAAACAUACUGGCACGUCAUUGCUGCGCAUGUCUUAUCUUAGUCGCGUUGAAGUUGCUAGUCGACAUUUACAAUUAUUUUGCAGUGUACGGUACGUUAAUUAAUCCAAAAUGCCAAAAAGAAGCUGUGUGUUUACCGAUGAGUUAAAAAAAGAAUACCCGUUUUUAAAAAAAGUUUGUAAUCGUAUGGACAAAGUAAAAUGUGAACUGUGCUUUUCGGAAUUUUCAAUAAGUCAUGGUGGACGUUCUGACAUUAAAAAUCACGUGAAAUGUGCGAAACACAAGGCAAGCCUAGUAACAGAAGAAGGAACUUCAUCGAAUAUAUUGUCUUAUUUUAAAGGUAACGAUUUAAAUGACAAAGAAUUUUUAAUAACAGCUAAAGAAGCAACUUUUGCAUUUCAUGUUGCUAUUCACAAUCUCAGCUUUAAGUCAGCCGAUUGUUCAUCUAAAUUGAUUUCGAGGCUCUUUGAAACAAAGUUUAGACUAGCCAGAACAAAAUGUGAAGCUGUUAUUGUUAAUGUGAUUGAGCCACUGUUGUUUCAGCAGCUAUGUGAAGAUUUAAAUAAAGCAAAUUUUGUGACGGUAUCAAUAGAUUGUUCCAACAGGAAAGAAAUUAAAACUAUGCCAAUUGUUGUGCGGUAUUUUGUACCAGAUUGUGGCGUAAAAGUUAAGCUUCUAGACUUUCAAUCAGUUCCCGGUGAAACUGCAGAAAUUCUGACAAAUCAUUUAAUGUCAGUUAUUAAAACUCAUAAUAUAGCAAAAAAAGUUAUUGGAUUUUGUGGAGAUAAUUGCAAUACUAAUUUUGGGGGUGUUAAACGUAGAGGAGAAAACAAUAUUUACAGUAGAUUAAAGAAGGAACUAGGAAGAAAUAUUGUUGGCAUUGGUUGUGGUGCUCACAUUGUACACAACUGCCUUCAAACUGCAGUUGAUGUUCUACCUAUUGAAAUAGAAGCUUUAGUGGUCAAAAUUUAUAAAUUUUUCUACAUUUAUACUGUUCGAGUCACUCAAUUAAAAGAGUUCUGUGAAUUUGUAGACGUAGAGUAUAAAAAGGUUCUUAAACAUGGAAACACCCGUUUUCUUUCGCUACUUCCAGCUAUUGACAGAAUACUUGAAAUCUAUGAAGGACUAAAAUCUUAUUUUAUUUCACAAGAACACUGUCCAAUGAUGAUAAAACAGUUUUUUGAUAAUGACUGUAGUGAAAUGUAUCUGUGGUUUGUGCAAGGGCAACUCAAAUUGUUUAACAAAGCUAUCUUGAUUAUGGAAAGUACAAAUGCGAGUGCAACUGAUAUCAUCAGUGAACUUGGAAAAUUAAAAACAAACCUUCAGGAAAGGCGUGAUAAUAAAUUUAUGCCCCAAGAAGCAAAAAAACUUUUAGAAUACUAGAAAAUAAUGGAAUUAUUAAUAUCAAUACAAUCCUACAAGAGUUUACAGCAUUUUAUGACAGAUGUCUUUCUUACAUCAAGCUAUGGGAAAAAAGUUUUGGUGGAGCAGAAUAUUUUACUUGAAUAAACAACAAUGAAUUAAAAUGGUCUGAAAUUGAAGCUUCAGGUGAAAAAGUUAAUGAAACUGUUGCAAAUAAUACAAUAAACAUGGAUCAACUGUUUGAUGAAGUAGUGAUUGCCAAAGCUUUUUGGUCAGCUAACUAUGAAAGUUGGAAAAAUACAAGUUGUGAAGAAAAAUGGAUACAACUUUUCAAUCAUUUCAAAGAAAAGAAGAUUUCAUUGCCCAAUCUUACUCAAAUUAUAGAAUACAUUUUCAGCAUGCCAAGUACAUCUGCGCCAGUCGAAAGAGUAUUCUCAAUAAUGAAUAUCAUAUGGUCUGAAGAAAGAGGUAGAAUGGCUGAAUCAACCGUGAAAGCUUUACUACACUGCAAAAUUAACAGUGAACUAAAUUGCAGCGAAUUUUUUGAUGUCAUUAAACAUAACAAAGAAUUUUUAAAGAAAGUACACAGUAGCGACAAAUAUUAAUAUAAUAAUAAGAUAUGUUUGGUUCAAAAAUAUUAUCAAUAAAAAAAGAUGUAAUGUAUUAAAAGUUGCUUUUAUCUCUACUGUAUUUAGCCUUUUUAAUCAUAUAUACAGUAUAUACUUAUCCUAGUAGCCUUAAUCUGUUGUCCGGUUUCUAAUUCAUUGCCCAGGAUAACUAUUAAUUUUGUAGCGAACCUGUUGACCUUUUUUUUUUUUUUUGCUUCUCAGCUCUAAAGAGCAAUAUUGAAGAGGUGAAAACACUGGUUACGGUGUAUUUUUCAAAAUUGUCCCGGUUUGAGAAAAAAAUUUUAUGGUAAGCCUACAUAUAGAUCAAGUAUGAAGUUAAAUGUUCAAAAAAAAUAAUCAGCUGUAUUUUCACUUUAUACUCAUUCCAUAUUACUACAACUAAAAAAAAUAAUCUAUUUUGUCACGAUUCGUUCUGACGAUUACAAAAUAUAAUCUAUACUUCGGUGUGUUGACGUCAUUCAGCUGACCAAUCAGCUCUUUGUGCCAUCUGGAUAUUUAGUCACACGUGUUAACAAGCUUGUGAAUUCCCGCACGUGCGGCUAGAGAUCCAGAUGGCACAACGCGCUGAUUGGUCAGCUGAAUGACGUCAGCCCGCCGAAAUAGGAAAUGCUGGACGAUUAUAUUUUGUGGUCGUCAGAACGAAGUCACGCAGAAAUAGAUUAUUUUUUUAGUUGUAAUAUUGAGUGAGUAUAAAGUGAAAAUACAGUAUAAAGUUUAGCUCGCAUGUUUUCUUAAAUUUAUAGGAAUAAUUUUAAAAUGGUUUACUUUUACUUAAUAAAUUACUAUGAUUAUUUAUUUUUUUUGAACGAAUUUUAACUUCAUACUUGAUCUUUAUGUACAGUACCUCUGAACCAAAUCAUACACAAUAGAUCAUUUAAAUAGUGUGAUUAGUGUUUUAAAUUUACGUGCACAGAUAAUAAAUAACAGAAAAUUUAUAC